UCUCACACAUUCCGCAUUUGGAAUAAUUCUCUGUUUGGGAGGGACGCUCAGAGAAGUGUGGGCCUGUAAUCACCGUGACAACCUCUGACCAGCGUUCCAGUAGAAAAUGGGCCUUGUGUCCCCUCUCCAGUGUGUGUAUGUGUGUGCAUGUUUGGUACCAGCACAAACAGCGUGAGCGUGUGAGUGAGUGGGGCCCAACAAUGGCUCUGAUUUAGGCUGAUGGCCCAGUGGGUGAACAUAAGGCUGGCUUGAAUUGUCCGUGGAACGCACCAGAGGAGGACUGGCAUUAUGGGCAGAAGACAGUGGCUGGUUUGUGAGAAAAUGAGGAGACACAGAAUGGGACGGGUGGUGGCAUGCACCAGGACCUAGGAGGGGGGAGGGGGGUGCGAGAUAGUGAGUAUGACAGAGGUCUUUUCUGAAUCUGACAGUGCAGGGUUUGUGUCCCGUUUGGCUGAGGAAUGUGGCUGUCCUGGUGACAGAAGGGCAUUAUGUGGGCCUUAUGUCACUGCUGGGUGUCUUGAGGCUGCACUCUGAGCGGAGCGUCAAAUAGCACAGGACUAACAUACGUGCCAGUCACUUGGGGUCCCAGUGCAGGGCAGCACAUCUUUGUCUCUGCUUCAGGCUAGGGCUGAUGGAGACUGUGGAUAUGAGCAUUGGCUCCACAGCUGCGGACCGCUUGUGUUUGUGUGCACACCGGCUGGAGGAUGAGCCAUGUACAGAGCGCAGAGGCAACAUGGUGAGCUUGUUCAGCUGUGUGAGGGCUCCCAGGGUUCAAUCCUGCCGACUCUCUCACACACACAAUGAGGCUGAGGUGGCCGGGGCCAGGGCCCUGGCCACUUGGUUCUCACACUCUCAACCUGUGCUUCAUCCCUGCAUGGGACCAGCUCUCAUGGGACAGUAUCUGUCACGGUGCUCAGAGUGGCUGGCCGCUCUUCUGCUCCAUCAUCAUCCUUUCUGUUCUGAAAUAUGAAGAUCCAUGGAGUCCAGCUGCUGAAAUCUUCAGAUCUGGGUCGCCACAGCCUUCUUUAUCUGAAAGAGCUUGGCCAUGGCUGGUUUGGAAAGGUUUUGCUGGGUGAAGUCAAUGCAGGCCUCAGCACCACCCAGGUGGUGGUCAAGGAGCUCAAGGCCAGUGCCAGUGUCCAGGAGCAGACUCAGUUUUUGGAGGAGGUUCAACCAUAUCGUCUUCAGCACCCAGCCCUGCUCAUGUGUCUGGCACAAUGCACAGAGGUCACUCCUUAUCUGCUGGUCAUGGAGUUUUGUCCUCUGGGUGAUCUGAAGAACUACCUCCACAGCUGUCAGGGAGCAGAGUCCGAGGCCCCUGAUCCCUUGAUCCUUCAGAGGAUGGUGUGUGACAUUUCCUCGGGACUACUCCAUCUACACAAACACAAUUUCAUUCACAGUGACCUAGCUCUCAGAAACUGCCUGCUAACCUCAGAAAUGUCAGUAAAGAUUGGGGACUAUGGCCUUUCUCACAGCCGAUACAAGGAGGAUUAUUACAUAACUCAAGAUCAAAUCUGGGUGCCUCUUCGAUGGAUUGCCCCAGAACUCAUAGAUGAAGUUCAUGGGAAUUUGCUGGUUGUGGACCAAACCAAAAGCAGCAACAUAUGGUCAUUGGGCGUGACCAUGUGGGAGCUUUUUGAGUUGGGAAAUCAGCCCUAUAGACAGUUCUCAGACCGUCAGGUGCUGACGUAUGCUGUGAAGGAGGAACAGCUUAAACUACCCAAGCCACACCUCCAGUUUCCUCUGUCAGAGCGCUGGUAUGAGGUGAUGCAGUUCUGCUGGCUGCAACCUGAGCUCAGACCAAGCAGUGAGGAGGUGCACCUUCUCGUCACUUACCUGUGUGCCAAAGGCUCCAGCGAAGCAGAGGAGGGUUUUGAACAACGCUGGAAUGCACUGAGACCCAAUUUACUGGGGAGCAGCACCCACACCUCCUCAUCAGCUCUGGUCCUUACCCCAACCCCCUUAGAACAAACCCAGGUGGAGCUGGCCUCCUCCGCAUCCUCCUUCCCCCUCCUCGAACACUUCACAGACAGUUUCCACUCAGACUCUGGAGACGACCUGCUGACUGUUACUGAGACCAGUCAGGGGCUUAACUUUGAGUACAAAUGGGAACAGGCCCGAGCGGAGCAGCCAUACUGCUCAUCAUCUACCAGUGGGCCACUUGGACAGGGAAACCCACAUUAUCAGGACAUUUACUAUUCAUGCAAAGAAAGCACGUGCAGGGGUGAUAGUCCCACCUACUAUGAACCAGAGCACCCAGGAGUGGUCCCAGUGCUGAGCGCUCACAGCCCUUCUGUAAGUAGCGAGUACUACAUUCGCAUUGAGGAGCAAGUAGAAUGUAAUAUCAAUCUAGAUGACAGCAUAGUAGACUACAGUCCUGGUCUUGAGGCCUGCAGUGUGUCUCCUGAGACCACCUCAUCCAAGGCUCAGUCCAGUUCAUACUGGUCCACAGUGAAUAAUCUCAAAUCCACCUGCUAUGAUUCAGAUUCAAGUCCCACUGUUCAGCUGGCAAUGGAACCACUGCUGAGGGAAAACUCCAGCCCAAAUAAUCAAUGCAGCUCACAACAAGUCUCAUCCAAUGUCGUCUACAGUGAACGACAAUCUUGUCACUCUGAUGAAGACAUGUCACCAGAGUCUCGAACACAAUCUGUACGUCCCAUUGAGCGAUUAGAUGCUCCCAUGAAUAUUUCAGUAGCAGUUAGCAGCCCAAGUUUAGGCUUCUGUGACCCCUAUUUGGAAGCGAGUAACAGUUAUUCUAUGGACACCCUUCAAAAAACAAUCCCUGUUGUUAACCACAUUAGCAUUGAUGUGGAGUCCGAUGAUGGCAUUUUAAUGGGUAGACGGAGCAGCAGAGAAAUAAACAAUGAUGACCUUUUCUCUGAAGGAGAGUCCACAAAUUGGACAUCAAACCACUCGGCAAACAACAAUAGCCUUAGUAUUGAUGUCCACCACACAGGCACUGGUCGUGACAACUAUCUCGACCUCCAAUAUCAUGUCAACACAACAGACAUUUGGUCUUUAACUAAAGCCACAACUAGAACAUUUGUUAGCUCUAAGUCUAGUGGUCUGUUAGAUGUAGAAAGACGGAACCCAGGAGGAGUGGAUUCAUACAUUCACGUUCAUCAUGAAGUAAUGAAGCAACCUGUUCCUCAAAUGGGCACAAAUGCAUAUAAUCUUAAAAGUGGCAAGGAAACAAAUCCAAAGUCCUCCAGUACUAGUGACAGACUGUACUCUGAACCCCAAAUUAUACCCGAAACAUCCUUCAUAAAAUCCUCAUCCUCUGGGCUGGUUGAUAAACAGAAAAUCUGGGAUGGGGCAGGAAUCCAUAUUAGUCUAGAGGAUAGCAAGAGAGAACUGGACAGUGGCGCUGGGGUUCCUGCUUCUAGUUUGGCUGGACUUGGUGACUACAGUGACGACGAAGAUGAUGACUUAACCUACAUCACAUCUGGCAUUUUUGCAGACUUUAACCUUGACUAUGCCAAUCUUGAAGAAGAAGAACUUAGUCCAGUAAAAACCACCAAUGGCACCCCUGGUUCCGUAGAAACUCUAAACCUGUCCUCCUCCAUGGAACAAGCCUUCAGUCCAGACAAUUUUAACAUGCCCAUUCUGCCCAAAUCUCUGGACAGUGGCUACGACACAGAAAAUAAUGAAUCCCCAAAGUUCCUGUUCAAAGAUGACCAGAGUCCUAGAAUUGGUGAGGAUUUUGUUUUGCAAAUGGGACUAGACCAAGAAGUAUCCUCAAAUACUUCAGAGAUACAGCUGAAAGCACUGACAGACAAAAACCCAUAUCGAGAUUCAGCUUAUUUUUCAGACUAUGAAAAUGAAAGAAGUCCCUAUGAAGAUGGAAGCAGGUUCUUUCCAAACACUGAAAAGACACAACUCGCUAAAGAUGCUGUCAAAUUCAAUGAUGAUUUACGACAAAUAAAAAAUAAUUUUGAAGUUGAAGUUAGUAAUAGACAACUUACAACUCCAGGGCUGUCCAUGUUGUCACCUUUUCCCCCUGAGAUGGGUGGGUGUUUAACCAAAGAGUCUGCCCCUGCAGAUGAGGAACUUGGAUUGGAAACAGAACAAAUUGUAGAAGAACUGCCUUCUGAGCUAAGUUCUUCUGUAUCUGAGCCAUCCUCAUCAGGUCAAGAUGGUUCGUCAAAUCAUGAAGAUGGGAGGAAAACUGGGAAUUCACUGCCUGACCACUCACUGCAGUCAAACUGUACUUUGAAUGAAGAUACCCCAACUGAAAAUACAGAUGGCUCUACCGAGGAUGAGGAGAUACCAGAAAUCAACAGCAUUAGUAAAGAAGAGGAGAGGGCUGACGUGACCAUAAAUGAAGAAGAUUUUGAAGAUAUAGAUGCCGAUUCACAGGACAGCCUUUGUGAAGAGUCCUCCAACGGCCCCGCCAACUUGUCAUCUUCCUCCUCCCUGUUAGAACUGUGUGGUGAGGACGUGAGAGCGCCCCUAGAGGAGGCAGAGGAAGAGUACAACUCAGAUGACAGUGAGUCUGAUGAAGAACUGAGAACAUAUAACAUCCAAGAGGAGGAGAGCGAGGAGAGUGAGGAGGAUUUUAGCAUGGUCCCUGUCGUGGUGAGCGACUGCAGCAGAGCCAGACACCUGCGCAGCCUCCUGAAGAUGCCCUCGCUGCUCACACAAUCCUUCUGUGAGGAGCUGGAGAAGAAAAAGAAAGCAGUGUCCUUCUUUGAUGAUGUCACCGUGUUCCUCUUCGAUCAGGAGAGCCCAACUGGAGAACUUUCUGAUUACACAUUUGCUACUGAAACAGAGUCUCCAGAAGAAGAACAACUUCCUGUCUACCAGGCUUUACAAGAACUCGAGAGCACGGCUCCAACUGACUCUGCUCUUGAACAAACAGAAGAGAUCCACAAUGACAAAAGUGAGACAAAUGAAUUGGAAGAUGAUGUCCCAUGUGAGCCAAACUUGCCUUCCCCUAAUGGGCACCCCAAGACCCUGUCCUCCCUUGUGUCCAGUCCAGAAUCUCCCAAACCUGCUUCAGUGGCACUUAAUCGUUUUAUGGUGUCACGAUUUUCGAUCACACAUGUCACUGAUUCCAAUGCAAGCUCAGUAGCAGACUCUAUUGAUGACAGCCCCAAUGACUGAGCCAUUUCAGAGAGUGGAAAAAUCCAGGACUCAACACAGAGCAUAAUUCUGUCUAAAUGUUUUAAAGAGUUUUAUUUUUAUCAGCCUUUAGACCCUGGUGACCCUUUAUGAGAGUGCCUCAUACUGUAGUGACCACUGUUGAGAUGAUUUGCACACUUCCUUGUUGUUUUCGGUUUAUCAAAACAUGUUGCAAUGCUCUAUAGUUUGCAGAAAACAACAAAGUGCAUUGUAGUUUUAGCAGUGAAUAUAUCAGUAUUUCUAGAUGCUCCCCUCAUUGGCUGCCUUUGUUUACAUGCUUCACCCAUCCACAUUACACAUUGUGUGAUAGAUCAUAGCUUCAUAAUAGUGUAAAACAUAACACUAGAAAACCCAUGUAAUGGUUGUCAUGGGUCACAGUGUGAGAUAGUGGCCUAGUUACUUUGAACAACUCAAUCUAACUGGACACACGUUUUCAGCAGAAACAAAAGGUUUUUCACAAGCUAUGGGCUAAUCACAACUUGGACAGUAAAAAAAUAAAAUACACAGAGACAAACCUUGAAUGAGAAGUUGACAUUUCUUAAAAUGGUAGAAACAUGCAAUUCAUCCAAAAGUUAAGUAUAUGUUUUUUUUUGCAGGAUCUCAAGUUGGUAACAAUUGGUCUUAUUAAUUUGUCUUAAAACCCUGUCAAUCUAUAUAAUUAACAUUAUAUAAUGAACCAUUCAAGGUAUUUCUAAGGUAUUUGAGAUAAACUCUAAGCUUUGCCACCUCUUUUCACCUCAAAGGAUGACAGCGCCACUAAUGCAUUCAACAGGCCAGUAUUAAACUGAACUAUGAACAGUUUUAUGUUCCUCAUACAGAAGUAUUCUAUUAUUCCCUAUGCUGAAUGAUAGGUCUGAGGUGCACCCAAGACAAAAGGUCAUCUCACUGUAUUGUUUGAAUGUUACAUUGACAUUGAUAUGUAGCCAGUAGCUUGACUUGAAUUACUACAGCUGUAAUAACAACUCCCUCAUGCUCUCUAGUCAAUAAUGGGAUCAACUUUUGUAUAUCUAUGUAAAACAGUGCAAUUUUGGAUUAUUACUCUCCAAUCUGAUUUGCCAAAGAGAUCCUAAAAAGGCCCAUUGGCUGGAAAGGCUGACCACUGGAGAGAAGCUGAGGAGAGUCGUUUUAUGUGCUGUGAGUAAAAUGACGCUGUCUCCAUUUCUCCUCAUUCAUGGCUGUUGUACUGUCACAAUAAAUGCAAAUACUUUUCACU